CUCGCCACCCGAACCAAUCAACGGUGACGGUGUUUGGAGGCCCCGACGCGAGGAGAGCAGCGCGGCUGCAGCCAUGCUUCGCCGCCAGGCCCGUGAGCGCCGUGAGUACCUGCAGCGCCGGGCGCAGGAGGAACGUCUGCGGCGGCAGCAGGACAAGAAGGAGCGGCUGCGACAGGCCCUGGAUGAGAACCGAUUGCUGCCCACUGAGCUGAGGCGCCAGGCGCUGGCCUUGCAGAAGGAGCUGGAGUUUGAGACGCCGGGGGAAAAUGGUGUGACGGGCAGCCAGGACGAUGAGUACCGGUGGGCAGGGCUGGAGCCUCCCAAAGUGAUGGUGACAACCUCGCGUGACCCCAGCAGCCGCCUCCGUAUCUUUGCCAAGGAGCUGUGCCUGGUGAUCCCAGGGGCUCGGCGGCUGAACAGGGGCCGGGCAGAGGUGGGGGCCCUGGUGAGUGCGUGCCGGGCGGCUGGCGUCACUGACUUGCUGGUACUGCAUGAGACCCGCGGACAGCCUGAUGGGCUGGUUCUGUGCCACCUGCCCCAUGGCCCUACAGCCCACUUCACGCUGAGCGGGGCUGUGCUGAGGCAUGAGGUGGGGGGUCUUGGUGGUGCUCCGCUAGGAGCGCCGCACAUCUUGCUGCACCGACUGGACAGCGCGCUGGGACGUCGGCUGGGGACCAUCCUCAAGCACCUGUUCCCUGUCCCCCGGCCCCAGACCCGCCGCGUGGUGACUUUUGCCAAUGAAGAUGACGUCAUUCUUGUCCGGAACCACGUUUACCGGCGGCAGGGGAAGACAGUGGAACUAGAGGAGGUGGGACCCCGCUUCCAGCUACGCCCCUACCUGAUCCGCCUGGGGACCCUGGAGCAAGGGGAUGCUGCUGAUGUGGAAUGGCGUUGGCACCCCUACACUGCCACUGCCCCCAAGCGCCAUCUGCUGAGUGCCACCUAGUGCUGUUGCCUCCCGUCGCCCUCACCACUGGUGUCCUGCUGGCCCAGAUGACAUUUUCAAUAAUAUAUUUUCUCUUACUUUUUCCACACCAAAAUCUCAUUUGUUGCCUGUGGGCAACAUCUUCAGUGUCGUCCUGUAGGGAUGCAGAGGGGCACUGCCUUAUAGGUUUAGAGCUGCAGCUCUUACAGGAAGCGUUGGAUGAAUUCUGUAGGGGACAGAGGUGCCACAUAGGGUGGGGCAGUUGUAUUGGCUCUGUAGGGUCCCUGAGGUGUAACUCUGUAGGAACAGCAGGGGCCCCCCGUGGGUCUGUAGAUCCUCCAGGCUCUUUGCAGCUUCUUCUUUUACCUGGCCUGUCAAUGCCAGGGCAAUUGCAAUUCCCCACUGGAUACUGCUCAUUUAUGUGGAGGUUUUCUGGAGUUGCUGACAGAAGUUCAGGAGCCCAGCGGCAGUCAGUCUGGACCACGUCUGCCAGGAUCCAAGUCACAAAAACUGCUCAGUUUAAGAGGUGAAAUGUGCAGGCUGGUGCUGGAAAACUCUGAGAAGACAGCCUGGCUGACAUCUCACUCUGCGUGCAGCCUGCCUGAGGAGCACACCAGCAACACUUCUCGUUUGGUGCCGCUGCUGCCCAAGGGGACCAGGUCAUUGCAGUGUCAGGCAACGCAGAGCAGGGCUCCCCCGGCGUGGGAUUUCCUGUCCAUACUGAUCAGGACAUGGGGUGCCCAGCAGAAAUACAGCCCCACCUUGGGCUGAUUGGUCCUACAAUCUGUGAAAUCACGGGGGUUCAAGAGCCGUGUCCAUGACUUGCCAGAACUGUCACCAAAAUUGGAAAUAAAACUCCUUAACACCAAAUAAAACUCCUUAAUACCAAAAA